UAAGAGCUCUGAGCUCUUAUAUGUUAGCUUAGUGUAAAUAUUGCAAUAGGGUCCCCUGGUUACAUAUUUACGAAUCAUGAACUAGAACUUGUUAUCUGCAUUUAAUGAUUCGUAAUAUUACUUUCGCAGCAAGCAACUUUAACAUGGAAUGUAAAAGAGUUAAAGAAAGUGGUGUCAUGGACUGCGACGCAGCAGCCUCCGAAAAAAUCGAUAAUAAACCAGAAACCAGCAAUAAAUCGAUGUCUCGUUAUCUGUACAUACUUGGGUUAACGGUGAUGUUCAUCUACGGUUCUUAUAGCGGUGUGAUCGGGUUAGAAAGCAGUAUCAACAUAGAAGGCGGCCUCGGCACCACCAGCGUUAUGAUCGUUUUCAUCGUGUCUUCGUUUUCCAGCAUUUUUCUUUUGCCUAUCAUCAUUGAUUUCCUGGGACCAAAGUUCGCUAUUAUACUUGGUGAACUUGGAUUUGUUGCUUACAUUGCAUCCAACUUUUACCCAAGCUGGUACACCCUCAUUCCUGCGGCAGUGGUACACGGUAUCACAGAAAGUGGCAUGUGGGCCGGUGGGUCAUGCUACGUUACUUUCCUUGCGAAGAAGCAAUGGAAAAAAGAAACGCGACGCAACGAAGACAGUGGCCGAUCGCAAGAAGCUUUGAUUUAUCAAUACUUGGGAAUUUAUUACACCAUGCUUUUUUGUGGGGACCUUAUUGGAAGUGGAAUAGACGCCGCAGUUUUACUCGGAUUGCAGGACCAUGGUGUUUCUAGCAAACCAACCAAUAGCAGUAUCAUCAAUGCAAGUUUCUUUAGUUCAUCAACACUCCAAUAUUCUUCAUUAGCAACAACCAACUCUACUUGGAUGCCAUUAUUUGGAUCAAAUGUAACUCCUGAAAUAAAGAACCCUUUGGCGUUAUGUGGUUCGCAAGAUUGCCAGGCGGACUAUAUCUACGACUCCAGCGAGGACGAUUUGGAGAAAUUCCAUCCAAGUAAAACGAGCAUUUACUUUCUGCUUUCCUUAUUCACAAUCUGCCCCUUGAUUUUUAUUUGUUUACAAGCCAUAUUUCUCCCAAAGGCGUCAGUUAAAGAUGACCAAACAAAAGAUGAAGAAAGCAGAACACAAUCAACAAAGACCAAUCGGGUUUUAGCAAAAAUGAAAGUAGAGUUAAAGGACACGUUUCGAUUCGUGAUAUCGCCGUUGCAUCUGUUUAUUGCACCUUUUAUUUUCUACAAUGGAUUGUACUACGCGUACGUCAUAACUGAAUAUACAAGAGCGUUUGUAUCUUGUUCUAUUGGAGUCGAAAAGUUGGGAUUGGCAACUGGGGUUCUCGGUGCUUUUACCAUAUUUGGGACACUUAUUGGUGGUCGUGUUCUAUAUCGACUUGGAAGAACGAAAUAUGCAAUAGUGGUUGUAUGUUGGCACUUAGGUACAUUCUUAUGUAGUAACUUUUGGCAACCACACCCCAACAAUACAUGGGUCAUAUACUUGCUUGGUGCUUUCCUUGGGAUUGGACAAGGAGUUAUAAACAACAUGCUUGAAGGUUUGACAGCACACUAUUUUCGUGGCACUGAGGGCAUCGCUUUCAGUGUUAAAAACUGUAUUAUGAAUCUAGGAAUUGUAGCUGGCACAGCGUGGAGCACCAGUCUAUGCGUGUAUGUGAAGAUUUACAUUUUAAUUGGGAUUAUUUUGUUUUCGGUAGUGUGCUUUUUCAUAGCAGAAAUGUUGUUUUUAAAACAAAAGAAAAAACGAGCUUCCAUUUAAAAAAUAAACAGCAAUCUAUUCUAAUACGGUGGUACGAAAUCGUAGCCACAAGACAACGCAUCGUUGUUUGAUUUUGUCUACAGCAAGCUUAUAAUUCUUUGUAUUAACAUAUUUUUUUAAUGAUUCUCAAAGCUUAUUAUAAAUGAUAUGUUUUUGAAUUUUUUGUACGAUAUUGUUGACUUUGAAUUCUUUUGAUAAAUUGUCGUUUUGGGGGGUUUUACCUUUAAUCCUUUAGGUCGUUUUAUACUGUUUUAAGUGCCAAAAUAAAAUCAAAAUUGACAAUAAGUCACAAAGUCACGAAUCAGUAGUUGUGCAGACCACAUGUAUAAAGCUUGAACACAAUUCGAUGCAAACACGGUUGUUCUUUUGCUUUGAUUAUUGCCGUUGCAGUGGCAAAGUCUCAUAGUUGUAGUAACAGUGGCAAAAGUGCCUUGGAUAAACCUUGUGAUGAGCAAUGUGGCACGAAUAAAUGGUCAAAUCAAGAAUCGUGUGUCCAUAACUGUUUAAAUUGUAUUAAGUUGAGUUACAGGCCAGAUUCUUACCCUUAAAUAAAAUAAUAUACCAUGUCGCAGUUAAGCACGAGCUGCAUCGAAGCUACGGACAAACGUGAGGACAGCAAGAGUAUAUAGCUCUUACUGUCCUCACAACACAGAAAAUAGGAGCCCAAACGGGGAAGACUCGGCGUAUUUAGUUUCCUGUGUUCGCUGGAAAAACGCAAGAUGAGCCGCUCAAUCAGUUGCGCCAGACGUAACACCACUGUUUAUUAUACAAUCUUAUGCAUUAGGUUAAAUAUGGGUAAACUAUAAUAUUAAAUCUGUACGCGCGGUCAACCGUUAUACACUAUGUUACUUUCCUUGGUAAGAAGCACUGGGAAAAAGCAAGGCGUGCAACGAAGGAAAUGGCCUGUCGCAAGAAGCUUUGAUUUAUCGAUGUGAUUUAUUGUAGGGAAGCAAGUACUUUCACGCAGUAUGGCGUUUCAGGAACAACUUUAGGUUUCGCUCUUUUAUAGUUAAACAUAGGAGGUGUCAGCAAAUUUACAUAUACAUCAAUUCUUCACAUAUAGUAAGGUUAGAAAAGUUAUGAAAAAAUAUCGAGGCUUGUACCGUUAACCCUAUAGUAUUGUAGGACUUUAAUUAAAAAGACAUCGCAGAUUUAUAUCGAUUGCAAGGCCAAGGUGUUACAAGCAAACAAACCAAUGGCAGUAAGACAUUUGGAGUUUUUUUAGUUAGCUAAAGGCGGUUUCACACUACGGGCGGUAAAGACAAUGGCGUUGGGAGAAAGCGAUUAUCGGCCGAUAUGUCUGCCUAUGCAUUUCUACAAGGAUUCACACAUAAAUGUAAAAACGCCCUGUUCUGUUCGGCGGUUGGAAAUUGAAUGUAUUCGUUUUAACGUAACUAUGCGAUAACAACAGAGGAAAAUACACAUGAAAAGCUAUAAUUUCGUUUACAGGCAUUGGCUUUUAAAAUUAUUAUAGCGCAGAUGCCGAAUUUAUCAUAAAAUUAGAUAAUAGUAUAUCUGCUCCUAUAUU